AAGAGGAUGUCUGACGAGGAGUGCUCGCCGAUUUCGAUUUCGGAAAAGAAACCGCGCUUCACGACAAAAUAUCUGCCGGUAUUCGGAUGGCUACCGCGAUACACUCGAUUCAAAGCCGUGUCAGACUUAAUAGCGGGCAUCACUUUGGGUCUGACUAUGAUCCCUCAGAGUAUGGCUUAUGCAAUAUUAGCUGAACGGAUUCCACAGUAUGGUUUGUACUCUUGCUUUGUGGGCGGUUUCGUGUACAUUAUUCUUGGAACCACCAAGGAAGUCUCGAUUGGUCCGUCAUCUCUGAUGUCCCUUCUAACGUUACAGUACACGCGAGACAUGCCGCAAGAUUUCGUAAUACUAUUGUGUUUUCUAACUGGAUGUGUAGAAUUUUUAAUGGGUGUAUUAAAUCUAGGAUUCUUAGUGGAUUUCAUAUCAAUCCCAGUUACGUCGGGUUUUAUGUCAGCGGGAGCGCUCAUUAUAGCAAUCGCUCAGCUGCAGGGCUUUCUAGGAUUAAAAUACAAGUCGGAAAGUAUCAUAGACAACUUGUACCAAUUGUUUAAAAAUAUUAAUAAAGUUCGACUGACCGAUUUCAUACUCGGGAUUUUCAGCUUUAUGUUUCUUCUAAUUUUAAAAAAACUGAAAGAUAUUGACUAUCCUUGCAUGAGAAACAAGAAGGAUGCUCGCAGAAAUGAAAUUAUAAAAAAGGUACUUUGGUACUUUUCCAUUCUUAGGAACGCUCUCAUUGUGCUUGUUACAUCCACGAUAGCGUACGAAUUUGAAGCGAAUACGGGAUCCAUUCCGUUUAGACUCUCAGGAAAAAUUGAAGCCGGCAUUCCCAAAAUAACAUUACCGCCAUUCUCAUCGCAAGUAGGAAAUCAAACGUACACGUUUUUAGACAUGUGCGCUCAUUACGGAUUAGGACUAGGGUUACUUCCUAUCAUAUCCGUCUCGGUGAAUGUAGCAAUAGCCAAAGCGUUUGCGAUGGAUGCCUCCAUUAACGCGACACAGGAAAUGCUGGCUCUCGGUGUUUGUAACAUAUUAAACAGCUUCGUGUCGUCACUUCCAACCUCUGGUGCAUUUACUCGAAGCGGAGUUGGCAGUGCCAGCGGAGUGCAAACGCCUAUGGCCGGUCUAUAUUCUGGUACUAUGGCAUUGCUGGCGUUAAGCUUUUUAACGCCUUAUUUUUAUUACAUUCCACGUGCAACGUUAUCAGCAGUGCUGAUAAGUGCUGUGUUACCCAUGAUCGACCUAAAAAUCAUAAAAGUACUUUGGAAAGGAAGCAGUAAAACGGAUGCGAUCGCAGCGACAGGCACUUUUGUGCUUUCCAUUCUUAUUGGUAUCGAGAUCGGAUUUCUUCUCGGUAUUUUCUUCAACUUGAUCAUUUUCAUCCGAUUCUUCGCAAGAUCGACAUUUCAAAUAGACAACUGCAAGACUCAUCUAGGAAACAAAUAUAUAAUGCUAAAAUUCGAUACCUGUCUCCAAUAUCCCGCAGUAACUUCUUUCUGUGAUAAAGUCAUGAAUUUAGCUACAAAAAAUGUUCCUUUGAUCAUAAACUGUAAGACAUUCACUAGUCUCGAUUAUACUUCAAUCAAGGGUAUUGAAACAUUAUCGAAAAAAUUAAACUAUGAAAAAAACCAAUUCUGGCUGUUGAAUCUUAAUUCUGAUAUCGUGCAAAAUUUCAACAUUUUUGCCGACAACAAAUAUAUUCGUUUGAUCGAAAAAAAAGAAAACAUCGCAGAUGUUCUUUACAAUGAUGCUUUAUCCAAUCAAAAUUCUGAAGAUCUGAUUAAUGUCACAAUGAAUUCCCGACGAGAGGAUUUCGAAUCUACCUCUGAAGAAUCGACCUUAAUGUCACCACUGGAAUGCAAAAUUAUACAAUAA